AUGGAUCUCUACGCGCUCUCUUCCUACCCUUCUUUUCUAACCCCAACCUCACCUUCUCACUCUCAACGGGGCCUCCAUUUCCCUCAUCACUCUCCACACACCCACAGGCUCACCCAGACGAAGAAAAGAUCAAGUGGGAUUUAUGCAUCAAUGUCAGAGAGUGGGGAGUAUUAUUCCCAGAGACCGCCAACUCCUCUUCUCGACACUGUAAACUAUCCAGUUCAUAUGAAAAAUCUCUCUACCAAGGAACUGAAGCAACUAGCGGAUGAACUGCGUUCUGAUGUUAUUUUCAGUGUUUCUAGAACUGGGGGGCAUUUGGGAUCAAGCCUUGGUGUGGUGGAACUCACUGUUGCCCUCCACUAUGUUUUCAAUGCCCCUAACGACAAGAUAUUGUGGGACGUUGGUCACCAGUCUUACCCACAUAAAAUACUCACUGGUAGGAGGGACAAGAUGCAUACCAUGAGGCAGACAAAUGGGUUAUCUGGGUUCACCAAGCGUUCUGAGAGUGAAUAUGAUUGUUUUGGCACUGGUCACAGCUCAACCACUAUUUCAGCGGGACUUGGAAUGGCUGUUGGGAGAGAUCUGAAGGGAAGAAAGAAUAACGUGGUUGCUGUUAUUGGUGAUGGUGCCAUGACAGCAGGGCAAGCAUAUGAAGCCAUGAACAAUGCUGGAUAUCUUGAUUCUGACAUGAUUGUUAUUCUGAAUGACAACAAACAGGUCUCUUUGCCCACUGCGACUCUUGAUGGACCCAUCCCACCUGUAGGAGCCUUGAGCAGUGCUCUCAGUAGAUUACAAUCAAAUAGGCCUCUAAGAGAAUUGAGAGAGGUCGCAAAGGGUGUUACUAAACGAAUUGGCGGUCCUAUGCAUGAAUUGGCUGCAAAAGUUGACGAGUAUGCUCGUGGCAUGAUCAGUGGUUCUGGAUCAACACUGUUUGAAGAGCUUGGACUCUACUAUAUUGGGCCUGUUGAUGGUCAUAACAUAGAUGAUCUUGUUGCCAUUCUUAAUGAAGUGAAAAGUACCAAAAUAACUGGUCCUGUACUGAUCCAUGUUAUCACUGAAAAAGGCCGCGGAUACCCAUACGCAGAAAAGGCAGCAGACAAGUACCAUGGAGUUACCAAGUUUGACCCACCAACUGGGAAGCAAUUCAAAUCCAAGGCUACAACUCAGUCUUACACCACAUACUUUGCAGAGGCCUUGAUUGCAGAAGCCGAAGCUGACAAAGACGUUGUUGCAAUCCAUGCUGCUAUGGGAGGUGGAACUGGAAUGAAUAUCUUUCAUCGCCGUUUCCCAUCAAGAUGCUUUGACGUGGGGAUAGCAGAACAGCAUGCUGUUACAUUUGCUGCGGGUUUGGCUUGUGAAGGUCUUAAGCCUUUCUGUGCGAUUUACUCAUCAUUCUUGCAGAGGGCAUAUGACCAGGUGGUGCAUGAUGUUGACUUACAGAAGCUGCCUGUAAGAUUUGCAAUGGACAGAGCUGGAUUGGUUGGAGCAGAUGGUCCCACACACUGUGGUUCCUUUGAUGUCACUUUUAUGGCAUGCCUCCCUAACAUGGUGGUCAUGGCUCCUUCUGACGAAGCCGAACUUUUCCACAUGGUUGCCACUGCAGCAGCCAUCAAUGACCGACCUAGUUGUUUCCGAUACCCAAGGGGAAACGGCAUUGGUGCUGAACUACCAACUGGAAAUAAAGGAACUCCUCUUGAGAUUGGGAAAGGAAGGAUACUAAUAGAAGGGGAAAGAGUGGCUCUUUUGGGCUACGGAUCGGCUGUUCAAAACUGUUUGGCUGCAGCUUCCUUAGUGGAACGUCAUGGCUUGCGCUUAACAGUUGCUGAUGCACGCUUCUGUAAGCCACUGGAUUGUUCACUGAUUCGCAGCCUGGCAAAAUCACAUGAGGUUUUGAUCACAGUAGAAGAAGGAUCUAUUGGAGGAUUUGGUUCUCACGUUGCUCAGUUCCUGGCCCUUGAUGGCCUUCUGGAUGGCAAAUUGAAGUGGAGGCCAAUAGUCCUUCCGGAUCGCUAUAUUGACCAUGGAUCACCCGCUGACCAAUUGUUUUCGGCCGGUCUUACACCAUCUCACAUAGCAGCAACAGUGUUCAAUAUACUUGGACAGACAAGAGAAGCACUAGAGGUCACCUCAUAAAACAACGGCUUCAAUUUUUUACUCCACACAAUGUACAGAGUAUAACAAUAUGAUUCACCUUGUUUAACAUGAAAAGGAUGUGUAAUGUUGUGAAAAUUUUAAGUGAAUAUCGCAGGUUGUCAUCAAUGAUCAAUAAUACUAUAACAUCUACCCAACCA